AUGCCGGCGCCAGAACCCUUCACCAUCUCGGUACCGCAGUCCCAGAUCGACAGCCUCAGAACCAAGCUCUCUCUCGUCUCGUUUCCGGAUGAGCUCGCCGCCUCGGAUUGGGACCUCGGCGUCCCUCUCUCCGACAUGAAGCGCCUCGUCAAGGCAUGGGAAGUCUGGGACUGGCGACAGGCCGAGGAGACACUGAACCGAGUCCCACAGUUCCACACGCCCAUCAACGUCGAUGGCUUUGGCGACUUGGACAUCCAUUUCGUGUGGCAGAAGAGCGAGAUCAAGAAUGCCAUUCCCUUGCUUUUCGUGCAUGGAUGGCCAGGAUCUUUCCUAGAGGUCUACAAGAUCCUUCCCCUCCUCGCCAAACCAGGUGGUCCGGCCUUCCACGUGGUCGCCCCUUCUCUCCCCAACUUCGGCUUUAGCGAGGGACCCAAACAACGCGGAUUCUCCAUCGCCCAAUACGCAGAAACCUGCCACAAACUCAUGCUUGCACUCGGGUACAACGAGUAUGUCACCCAAGGUGGUGAUUGGGGCUUCACUAUCACCCGCUCCAUCGGCUUCCUCUACCCAGAGCACUGUAAAGCCUCGCACAUCAACAUAAUCCUUGCGCAUUGCCCUUCCUUCAGGAAGCACCCCCUACUUGCUCUCCAGCACUCCUUGACGUCCUACUCUCAGAAAGAGAAGGAUGGAUUAAAGCGUAUGGAAUUGUUCCAGCAUGAGGGGAGGGGAUACUACCUUACUCAGUCAACCAAACCUCAGACUCUCGCCUACGCGCUCAAUGACAGUCCAGUAGCGCUCCUAGCGUGGAUCUACGAGAAGCUGCACGACUGGACUGACGGCUACCCGUGGACGGAAGAUGAGAUCUUCACAUGGAUCAGCAUCUAUCAGUUCAGUCGUAUGGGCCCAGGUGCCGCUCACCGCAUCUACUACGAGUUCACACACACCAAGCCCGGACCGCGAAAGCCAACCAUGGAUGUCAUCAGUGGCUACCUUCCUCACGUCAAACUGGGUCUAGCCUACAAUCCAAAGGAACUCUCACUCUUGCCCAAGACGUGGUGCCGCACCCUUGGCCCCGUCGUAUUCGAGUCCGACAACGAGAGCGGCGGCCACUUCUACGCUUCCGAGCGCCCGGAAUGGCUAGCGAGGGAUCUGCGGACGAUGUUUGGGAAGAACGGGGGUGCAUAUGGGGUUGUGAAGGGGAGGACCGGGUUUGACGUGGAGAGGGCGAACCUUUGA